AAACUGAAGAUGAAAACCAGCUCUCCUGCAUAUUAAAGAUGCCUGCAUUACAGGUAGAGCCCGGAAGAGGGCUUAUGCUGGUACAGAGACAUGAAAGACUUCCUGGCAGCGACUGCUAAGCAGGUAAUUUGGCAGCGAACAAUGAAACAACAAAAGGAAAUCCAGUAUUAUGGUUGUCAGGUAGCACAUCUCAUGCUGGCCUAUAUCCAGGAGGUGUGUCGCAGAGGAGUCUAUUGAAACAAAUAUUGGAAGACUGUGUCGUAAUCUGAAGAUUAGGUGUGUCUCUACUUUAUAAAUACCUCUCAUUUACAACUAGCAACACAUGUGACACAACACUGGAAGAGAACACAUCCGAGGAGGAACUCUUCAAACCACACGAGAAUCAUGAAGCUGGAAAGGUUUGCCUUGCUUACUCUGCUGACCCUCCUGAUCUCACAGGCUUUUCUGGUAGAAGGAAAUAAGGAAAAAGAAGGAAAGAAAGACAGACAGAGAGGGGCAGGUAAAGAGGAAAAGCCAAAAUCUCCAACUCACAAUGGAGAACGAGGAUCUAAAGGAGGGAGAGGAUCACUUCAAGGAAAAUUUGUCAGUAAAGACAAAGCAGAGUGCACUUGGUCUGUAUCUGGGACUGAGACAGUGGCUUUAAAUGUUGAAUGUACAAAAGGGGAAACAAAGGUAUCCUGCGCCUAUGGAGGAAACCCUACAACAUGUCCAAACUAUGCAGCAAAUCAGAAGAUGUAUUGGAAGCAAAUCAUGCGGGCACUGAAAAGGCAGAAGAACAUCUGCCAGGACCAAAAAGCUGUCCUUAAGUCUAAAGAAUGUAAGAAAGGACCACCAGAGGCACAUCUAAAAUACCUCCCCCCAAGUGUGUCAGCGCCAAACCAUGAACACAAAGUCCAAGAACAGCCAACAAAAGUCGACGUCAUUGAACCGACUAAAGGCUGUGUAGAGGAUGCAGAUGUACUUGAGAAGCAAAGAUUAGCCAAGGAGUAUUGUGGAGAAUCCUGGGGCUCACUGUGCUCAGUCUUCUUCUCAAUGGUGCAGGGUUCAAGUUGCUAAGCCACAGUGAUUUGUUUUGUAAAUAGAAUGAAAUUCUUUUUUUAUUUUAUCAUUUUUAUUGCUAUAUAUAAAUGCUAUAUACAGUAUUUAAAAUUUUAACUUUCAAAGGCUUUUCAAGAUUUCUUUAAUGUGUCUUCAGAAUGAUAUACUGAACAUGGAUUGUACAUGAUGAAUCGAUUUUCUAAUUUGUGGACUCGCAAAACUUAACAGAACUGAUUCAUCUUCACAGUACUAUGUACAUUAUUUUAUAUGUUUUUUUUUAUACAAUAAAGAUUUUUUCAACAAAGGUUGGGUAAUUUAUAUGUAACCAUUCAGCACUAUCAUAACCAAUAAAGAUCAAAACACAUAUUUAGAGUGAAGGGUAAAUAUAACAAAGAGGCAGCACAUUCAUCUGCUUCAUGGCUAGCAGUGAGAGAACAAGAAGCCAAGUUAGCAACAUCUCCUUUUCCUCUGGGUUGUAUGAACCUAAGGUGAACUCUCUCUCAUUGUUGGGUUCCACAAUUUUAACAAAACAUAGAGGAACCAGUCAGAAAUUGCUCUCUUAUAAAACAAUAGGUAUAAAGCUAGCAUCAUGAACCAUAGAGACGGUUUAGGUUGCUGUUAUUCAGUCUUUGGAGAGAGACACAUCUUUGCUGGUGAUAUUCUCUUUCCAGUUGGGUCAAAAAAGACCAUAGAGAGGGAAACAAACACUAGUCUCUUCUAGCCAUGGUUGCAAAACCAGGCACCAUAGUGGGUUAAAGGG